UCGCGCUUGAAGCGGGCGCGGGAGGCGCCGGCGGCGUCCGUCCCGGCCUGGCGUUUGUCAGUCAUGGAGUUGGUGCGGGAACUGGAUUGCUGGGCGGUAGAAGAGAUGGGGGUGCCCGCGGCAGCUCGAGCCCCGGAAUCGACGUUACGUAGGCUGUGUCUGGGUCAGGGGGCUGACAUCUGGGCCUAUGUCCUGAAGCAUGUGCACAGUCAGAGGAGUAUCAAGAAGAUCCAGGGGAAUCUGCUCUGGUAUGGUUACCAGGACAGUCCAGAGGUUCGUCGCAAGGUGGAACUGGAAGCCACUGCCGCCCGCCUCCGGGCUGAGAUCCAAGAACUAGACCAGAGCCUGGAGCUGAUGGACCGGGAGACUGAGACUCAAGACAUGGCCACAGAGCAGGCACUGCAGAGCGUGUGUGACACCCAGCGCCGGGCUCUCCUCCUCCAGGCCCAAGCUGUGGCUGUGCGAAGGCAGCAACAUGGACUCCGAGGGCCCGCGCAACGGCUGCACAACCAGCUCAAGCGCCUGCAGGAUAUGGAGAGAAAAGCCAAAAUGGAAGUGACCUUUGGCCCCCUGACAUCAGCAACCCUGGCCCUGGAGCCUGAGGUCUUGCGGGAUGUCCGAGCAGCUUGCAUCCUUCGAGCCCAGUUUCUUCAGAAGCUCCUGACACCCCAGGCCCAAGGAGGCCCCAUCCUAAACUCUCGCGAUGACCAGUUUGGAACUUCCUACCAGCAGUGGCUGAGCUCCGUGGAGACCCUGCUGACAAACCACCCACCGGGCCACGUGCUGGCCGCCCUGGAGCACCUGGCUGUGGAGCGGGAGGCCGAGAUCCUGGCCCGGUGCCACCAGGACCAUGGGCUGGGAGAAGCCGAGCUGCCCAGGCCCCAGACCCCCGACCAGGCAGGCUCUAGCCAGCCAGUGCCGUCCAUGGUGCGACUCAUCCAGGAGGGCUGGCAGGCCCUAGGUGCGCUGGUCACUCAGCGGGGCGCCCUCCUGAAAGAGGGACAGGUCCUGACUGGCUGCCUCCAGGGCACAGUGGAAGAGGUGGAGAAACGAGCCCUGGAUCCUAGUCAGAGGAAGGCGCUGAUGCUGGGGCUUCGGUGCUGUGGCCUCAGGGCUGAGCUCAAGGCCCUGCGAGCCCACAGCCAGGAGCUGGAGGAGACUGCUGGCCAGCGGCAGCUUCUGCUAAGGGAGCUACAAGCCAAGCAGCAGAGGAUCCUGCACUGGCGCCGGCUGGUGGAGGAGACACAGGAACAGAUCCGCCUGCUCAUCAAGGGAAACUCAGCCAGCAAGACCCGCCUGGGCCGUGGUCCUGGGGAGGUGCUGGCUCUGCUGGAGCGGAAGGUGGUCCCCAUGUGUGAGGCUGUGGCUCCACAGUGCCAGGAGCUGCUCCGCUGCCUGGAGGAGGCAGCCCGGCACCUGCCGAAUAUUCUGCUGGGCCCCUUGUUGCGGCCCAGCCCCGAAGGCUCCAAGCCACUGCCCACUGUCCUGCCGUCCAUCCACCAGCUGCACCCCACAUCACCAGUGGGCUCUAGUCUCAUAGCGCUGAGCCACAUACUGGGACUGCCUGCAGGAAAGGCACCAGAGCUGCUCCUCCCAAAGGUGGCCUCUCUGCACCAGGACCUUCUGUUUCUCCAAGACCAGCGCGAGCUCCGCUCCACCAGUCUACUCCAUCUGAAGACCCAUCUGCAGCCAGGAUCACCCACCCAGGAGCUGCUACAGGUCCAGGCCUCCCAGGAAAAGGAGCAGAGAGAGAGGGAGGGGCAGGUUCUGAAGCGGCUAGAGAACUUGCUCACGCAGGCGCUGAAGCGUGUUCCUGAGAUGCAGGGAACCGUGGGGGACUGGUGGGAGCAGCCAGGCCAAGUUGCCCUCUCCGAGGAGCUCUGCCAGGGCCUGUCUCUUUCCCAGUGGCAGCUGCGCUGGGUCCAGGCCCAGGGAGCCCUGCAGCACUUGUGCAAAUGAAGAGAAGUUCAAAUCAGAGUCAAGAAUCUCACAUUUGGGCUGGGAAUAUGGCCUAAUGGUAGACUGCUUGCCUCACAUACAUGAAGCCCUGGGUUCGAUUCCUCAGCACCACAUAUAUAGAAAAAGCC